CUGAUCCAGGUAAACAAGAGGCCUCCUUCCUCGCCUGGUCACUGCCGCUAUGAUCCUCUAUUUUAUCACAUUUUAGGCCGACAAAAGCAGGUUUCGCCUCACGCUGACGGGGAAAACAUCGUCCUGCAACUACAGAAACGUCGACUUGUUAAUCUGACGUCUUGAAAGAGCAGGAGCAGCAAUGAUCAACAGUAAAGAACCAGUGAAUAAUGGGAGCAACAGUACGGGCUCACCAGAGGUGACCUCUAAUACCCCGUCUCGCUCCACUUGGCCGCCAACUCCCACCAGCACGACAAACAGCACCGCCACACUCUCAGAGCACACCAUGCUUUCUCCUGCUCAAGAAAAUUUUGACACAUACUUUGCUGAUGAGAAGAUUCUUAUUCCCGAGUCUGAAAAUAAAUUAUUCAGUUUCCGAAAGCUUUGGGCAUUUACUGGUCCUGGAUUUCUGAUGAGUAUUUUUGCCUAUCUUAAUCCUGGAAAUAUAGAUUCAGACCUACAGUCGGGAGCUGUCCUGGAAAAAAAACUUCUUUGGGUUCUGAUGUGGGCAACUGUACUUGGUCUAGUGAUGCAGCGUCUCUCAGCUCGUCUGGGUACAGUGACUGGCUUACACUUGGCUGAGGUUUGCUACCGCUGUUAUCCACGUGUUCCUCGCCUUAUGGUUUGGAUCAUGAUAGAAAUUGCCAUCAUUGGGUCUGAUAUGCAAGAAGUGAUAGGAACCUCCAUUGCUCUUUAUCUGCUGUCAAAUGAGGCAAUUCCUCUGUGGGGUGGAGUGCUGAUCACCAUUGCAGACACCUUCACGUUUUUAGCCCUGGAUCGCUAUGGCCUACGCAAGCUGGAAGCCUUCUUUGGCUUUCUCAUUCUUGUAAUGGCUGUUACGUUUGGCUAUGAGUAUGGGGUUGCCAAGCCAGAUCAGCUACAGGUACUGAAAGGCUUGUUUGUCCCUGGCUGUUCCAAGUGUGACAUUAGUGCCCUACUCAAGGCAGUAGGCAUUGUGGGAGCUGUCAUAAUGCCUCAUAACCUCUACCUACAUUCUGCUCUUGUAAAGUCUCGAGAUGUGGACCGCAAAAAGAAAGAUGAUGUGAAGGAAGCCAACAGAUACUUCUUCAUUGAAGCCUGCAUUGCUCUCCUGUGUUCGUUUAUCAUUAAUGUAUUUGUAGUAGCAGUGUUUGCCAAGGGAAUGUAUGGUGUCACCAAUCAAGAAGUGUAUGACAGAUGUGUAGCUGCUAACAACACCCAUGGUAAAAUAUUCCCAGAAAAUAAUGAUCCAGUAGUUGCUGAUAUCUAUAAGGCUGGGGUGUUCCUUGGGUGCACAUUCGGGGCAGCAUGUAUGUAUAUCUGGGCUGUAGGAAUUUUGGCUGCUGGUCAGAGCUCAACCAUGACUGGAACAUAUGUUGGACAGUUUGCAAUGGAGGGCUUCCUGAACCUCCGGUGGAAACGCUGGCAACGAGUUCUUCUCACACGUACUAUUGCCAUUACUCCAACUUUCUUUAUUGCAUUUUAUCAGAACAUCACCGACCUUACUGGGAUGAACGACCUUCUGAAUGCUGUUAUGUCACUUCAGCUGCCCUUCGCUCUCAUACCAACUCUGACAUUUACCUCAUCACAACGUAUCAUGGGAGAUUUUAAAAAUGGAUUAUUCACCAAUAUUAUAGCUUCCCUCUUGUCACUGGUAGUGAUCGGUAUUAAUAUAUGGUUCGUGAUAGAUUUCUUGGGCACAAUUCUCAAUGGGCAAUGGUGGGCUUACCUUCUGGUGUGUGUGUGCGCGAUCCUUUACUUUAGUCUCAUCGUCUACCUGACGUUGUUCCUCGUGGUAGCAUUUGGUUUUCACUUCUGUUGCAGCUUACCGUUCAUAUCCCAGCAUCUGAGUACAGCAACAUAUCAGCUCAGUGUUGGAGAUGACACGACAAAUCUAAAUAGAGCUAUCAAACAGAGGAACCCUCUUAAUGACUCUGGGCUGGAUACAAAUAGUGACUCUUUGGAUGCUGCACGGACAAACCAUCUGCAUUAUAACUCUAUUGACACGGAGAUGUAAAUCUGCAUGGCACGAAAGUUGAUGAUGGCUUCGUACUAAUGGGCUGAGCAUGAAUUUGUGGUUUGGCUAUUAGUGUUUCUCUUAAUAAUUCAACAGUUAUAUCUCAUUUUAUCUGUAGAAAUCUGAGGUCAUGGCUUAAUGUGGGCUUUGUACUAAUUUGUAGAGCCUGAGGUCAUGGCAUGAUUAGUGUGACCCUUUUAUCAAUCUUCAAACACAAGCUACUGACAAUGCAUGUUUAUAACAGCUUUAAAUCUUAAUUUAUGACUUUGUAUUAUUUAACACUGAUUCUCUUCUCAGCUAUUACUAUGUGGAAUCAGUGCAUAGGAGAUGCUCUUUUUAUUGUAGGCACCUAGUAUUUUAUUAAAUUUCAUUACAUUUAUUUUUUUUUUUAUGUUUGGCCAGUUAGUGCCCAAAUUUAAAGCCAUUUUGUCCAUGUCUCUUUUUCAAAUAUCUUGAUUGCAUAAAGAAAAGGUCUGUGUACACAUCUUUUGCUAUAUCCAAUGUUCUGACCAUGUCACUAAUUUCUGUGAAACAUGAAAAUCUUCUGAUGACUUUAUUCAUUUGUUAAAUAAGCUUAGUGUUCAUAAAUUUGUAAUAGUUGUUUAAGGCUAUAGUAACUAAUUUUACAUGAAUUUCAAUAUAACUUAAUGUUUCUCACAGAUCUCAAGACAUCAGCAUGGAACUUAAUCAUUAAAAUCUCUAAGUCAGGUGGAAUACUCUUCACUGAAAUUUCUUUAUUUUCAAGUCAUAACAAUAUCUGAUUUUUUGAGAACCUUUUUUUUUAGCAGUAUUCAGUACUUCAUAAUAUGCUACUGUAAAUUUAGAUAAAUUUUAUUAUAAUACAGCAAUAUUGUAAUUAUAAUAUAGGAUUACAUUUAUUCCUUAAAGGAAGCAUAUCUAUACAGAUAUAUUGACAUGCUUAAAUAACUGUAUUGUGUAUUGUAUAUUGUGUAUUGACAUGCUUCUUUAAAGGUUUAGUGUCAAGUGUACUACUUCCAAAGGGUACCUUUUUUUCAUGAUGUACACUUGAUUUUGGGUAACCUUUCUGUCCAGUAUAUUGUUUCUUGUUAGUAUACAUGUUCUGUCCAGUGUGCUGCUAGCUUUGGGUACCAUUUCUAAUAUGCUAUACACUGUGGAUACUCUUUUUUUGUUUGUUGUGAUGUAUAUUAAGGGUACUCUUCCUGUUGCUAGACAUGUUUAGAAUGAGUGCCAGAAGGUAUUCUUAGUCUUGUGUUGCACCUAAAUGAAGUUCAGUAGUUGGGGAUUUAGUGGGUAUGGAAGAAGUACAUAAACCAAUGAUCUUCCCUUUACAGAAGUUUGGUAUUAAACUAUUAUCAGAGUAUAACUUUGGGUAUAGUGUGACAUAAUAAUCUUGAUUCGAAAGAGAAAUGCAAGCUCAAAUUAGUUAGGUGCUUUAUUACUCGCUUAAAAAUAAUAUGCUGCACAUUUUUUUCUCUGUGAUAACUAAUUAGUCUCUGUAUUUGUAAUGAAUAGCAUUAAAAAGGGAAUAAUUUUAGUGUAAAAUGAUCAAAUAAUGGAAUUAAACAUGUAAGUAAAGGAAGAUUGCUAAGGAAGGUUCACUUUGUUGCUGGUUCUUUUGAAUUUUAAAUGGGAUUUAGCAAAUUAUUGGAAACCAAAAACUUACUUUUUAGUCUUCCAGUAUAACACAAAAGGAGAUCACUGAAGACAAACAAGGUUAUCUGAAUGCCUAAUUGUAUUUACUGCACUGGUUCUGACAAUUUUUUUUUUAAAUAACAAAAAGGCACAAUACCGUGACUGGAACGAUACACAAAUAACCCGCACAUAAAAGAGAGAAGCUCUUUUAUGUGCGGCUCGUCGUAAGCUUCUCUCUUUUAUGUGCGGGUUAUUUGUGUAUUGUGAAUUUUUUUUUGUCUUGUAUGUCUAAUAUCAAACAUUUACAGAGAAAUCUUAAGAUUUUUUGUUUUUGUUAAAUCUCCAAAAUUCAUGUAGCAGCAAGCCUUAUAUUGUUGUGUGUGUGUG